CGUACCAGUUGGACGUAACAGUUUCCGCAAUUACUUCCGAAGAGUACUUGAAGCAGAGUAUUUCUCGUGGAAAUUAAUUUCAAGAUCUCCAAAAUACAAAAUGGCUUGGGACAAACAAUUAUGGAGAAUACAACAGUCUGGAAAAUUCAUCAUUUUUGUAGUAUAUCUAUCAUUUUUCCUGGAUAAUAUGCUUCUCACUGUAGUGGUACCUAUAGUUCCUGAUAUGCUCUACAAACUAGACUACUCAGGAGAUGCAUUAAAUAAUAACUACCUUCAUAAUUUUGGAAAAGUUCGUAACUGUUCUGGACAUUCUACAGAAGCUGAAGAAGCUCCAACUUCAAGACAGCACAUGGUGAAUGAAAACAGUGAAGUUGGAUUGCUGUUUGCUUCCAAAGCUAUCGUUCAGUUGAUAAUGAAUCCUAUAAUAGGACCUUUAACAAACAGAAUGGGAUGUUCAGCACCUCUUUUUGCCGGAACAUUGAUUUUAAUCCUUUCCUCUUUGAUGUUUGCGCAUGGGAAGACGUUUGCAGUUCUUUUUGCAGCCAGAAGCGUGCAAGGUGUAGGAUCUGCUUGUAUUUCAGUUGCAGGCAUGGCUAUGAUAGCAGACAGAUAUCCAGAUGAUAAGGAACGCAGUAAAAUUAUGGGCAUAACAAUGGGAGGAAUAGCUGCUGGUGUCCUCAUAGGGUACCCAUUUGGCAGUGUAAUAUAUGAUUUUGUGGGUAAAACACCUCCUCUACUGACAGUAGCUGCCCUUCUUUUUAUCGAUUCCGCUUUGCUUCUAAUCUUCCUUCGUCCGCAUCUGGAACCUGAACGGCUCUUGGUUGGGACUAGUAUACUGAAAUUGAUGAAGGAUCCUUAUAUAAAUGUAGCAACAGGAGCUAUAUGUAUUUCCACGUUUGCCAUUGCCGUUUUAGAGCCUUGUCUGCCUUUAUGGUUGAUGGAAUCUAUGGAUCCUCCAAGAUGGCAACUCGGAACUGUCUUUAUUCCCGAUAGCCUUGGGUAUCUGUUGGGAACCAAUUUAUUCGGUUUUGUGACAUACAAGUUGGGGAGAUGGCUUACCGCUAUGAUUUCAAUGGUAGUAGUAGGAAUCUGUGCUUUGGUGAUUCCAUAUUCUUCCCAUAUACUGCAACUUGUUAUUCCUCAUUUCGGAUUGGGACUAGGAAUUGGUGUUGUUGAUGCUUCUCUUAUGCCUCUACUUGCUUAUUUAGUGGAUUCAAGAUAUGUGGCAUUAUAUGGAAGCGUCUAUGCAAUUGCUCAGGUUGCUGUAUGUCUUGCAUAUUCCAUUGGCCCCCUUCUUGGCGGAUAUAUGGUCAAAAGACUAGGAUUUCCCUGGGUGAUGAGAGCCAUAGGAAUCGCAAAUCUCCUUUACAGUCCCCUAUGCUACUUCUUAAAAGAUACUGCAGCUUUAGAAGAAAACAUGGUCAUCAAUUUGAAAAGCACGGAUUAUCUGGCUAAUAAAGUGGCUCCGAAAGCGGAAGGUCGCACUGCUUACUCAUCAUUUUCCAAUGAAGAUUAAUUGUACAAUAAAUUUUUUUUCUCGUCGAUUCUUUCAUUCUUUAAUGGAAUUUCACACUCUUUACAUUGUUGCCAUCCAGUUCAGUGUAAUGUGUUUUUAAUAAAUUAAUUAUUCUUUAACAUAA